AUGGCCAACUCCGGGAUCCAGCUGCUGGGGUUUUUCCUGUCGUUAAUUGGCAUCGUCGGGCUCAUCAUCGGGACUAUUCUGCCGCAGUGGAAGAUGUCUGCGUACAUCGGGGACAACAUCAUCACAGCGGUGGCCAUGUACCAGGGACUGUGGAUGUCCUGCGCCUUCCAAAGCACCGGACAGCUCCAGUGUAAAAUCUACGACUCCAUUCUGCAGCUCGACAGCUCUCUCCAGGCCACUCGCGCCUUGAUGAUAGUUGGAAUCAUCGUGUCCAUCGCGGGUCUGGGCGUGGCCUGCAUGGGGAUGAAGUGCACCACCUGCGCAGGAAGCGACAAACUGCGCAAGUCUCGCAUCGCCAUGACGGGAGGCAUCAUCCUGCUAGUGGGAGGGCUGUGCGCCAUCGUAGCCUGCUCCUGGUUCGCUCACAACGUCAUCCGGGCUUUCUAUAAUCCCUACACUCCUGUCAACACCAAGUUUGAGUUCGGAGCCGCCAUCUUCAUCGCGUGGGGCGGCUCUCUCCUAGACGUCCUGGGCGGCGCCAUGUUAGCCGCCUCCUGUCCGAGGAAGAAGCAGGUGUCCAAGUACCCGUCCAUGGCCGGCUCCCGCUCUGGCCCUCCCAGCAGCACUAAAGAAUACGUCUGAGCCCGACGCCUGAGACUCCAAGAGAAGCUGAGGAAGAAAGUUCCCCCUUUUGUUGCAGCGUCAGCGAGGAGUAAAAACCGAAGAUGUAGACAGAGGCAAGGAGAACUGGACUUUCUUUACUUUUUGGUCCAGGCAGGCCUUUGAAGACCCCCCUGAUUAUCAUGCAGCACUCUCAAUUGUUUCACGAGGGAUGUCUCUCACCCCGUCCACACAUUCCACAGUUGUUUACAAGUGGCCUUCACGAAUACAUUAUAAUUGGAUCCCCUGACUUAAUAGACAACCCUCAGGGUGUAACCUCUUGAAUUGUAGCCUAAAUGGUGGAUUAAAGCCAACACUUGCACCCCCGUGUUAGAACCAGCGUUUAUUAGCGUUUGCCAUGUAAUUGAAAGUAAUCAAUUGCAGUUUGGUGCUCAUGCUGCAGCUCAGCCAGACCGACACGGGGUGACAAUAUGUGUUUAAUAUUAAGUGUUGGUUCUAAAAUAGAUGUUGCGAUGAGCAGGGUGUGACUUCACACAAGGGGCUCAGUGUGUAGGGUGAGCGUCUCACACAGGCCUUUUACUACAGCACUCACCCACAGGCGCUGCAGCUCUUCAUACCAGACUGUUACAAACCCUGCUCGGAUAUGAAAUAUUUGAUCACUCAGUCAUUAUCCCUCCAUUAGCUUCCAUAUCAGCUAUUGUCACAUUAAACCUGCCUCUAUUUAUUUUGCCAAGCGUAGGUUUUUUUUCCCGCUCCUGUGUAGAGUCGCAUUAUCGGUAGUCUGCUGAGGCCCUUUUGUAGCUUUCAGAGUCAUAUUUUUUAUUAAGAUGUUGUAUGUCUCCUGUUUUUUUUUUAGAUGUCAUAGUUUUAUACACUUGGCUCUUCUAGCAGAUAAUGGAAAAUUGUUGUAUGGAUUUUUUUUUAACAUGUCCAUUAAAUAAUAAAGAUACUGCAACAUUGUUAAU